AUGUCAAGCAGAGAAAACCCGAGCGGAAUCUGCAAAGACAUCCCAAAUCUCAUCUCCUCCUUCGUCGACGCUUUCGUCGAUUACACAGCCUGCGGCAUCUUCUUGCCCCUAGAUCCUACUCCACAAAAUGAGAUUCCGCAGACAAGGUUCGAGAAACCAGAGCGUCUGGUUGCCAUCGGGGAUCUCCAUGGAGAUCUCGAAAAAUCCAAGGAAGCAUUCAGGAUCGCCGGACUGAUCGAUUCGUCGGACCGAUGGACCGGUGGAUCCGCGAUGGUUGUUCAGGUCGGAGACGUGUUGGAUCGAGGCGGAGAGGAGCUAAAGAUACUAUACUUCCUCGAGAAGCUGAAGCGAGAGGCCGAGAGAUCAGGAGGUAAGAUUCUGACUAUGAACGGGAACCAUGAGAUCAUGAACGUAGAAGGUGACUUUAGGUAUGUCAACAAGGAAGGUUUAGAGGAAUUCCAGGUUUGGCUUGAUUGGUAUUGUCUAGGGAACAAGAUGAAGAGCUUGUGCAGAGGUUUGGAUAAACCUAAAGAUCCAUACGAAGGGAUUCCGAUGAGCUUCCCUCGUAUUAGACCGGACUGUUUUGAAGGAGUCAGGGCUAGGAUCGCUGCGUUGAGACCCGAAGGUCCGAUUGCAAAGAGGUUCUUAUCUAAGAAUCUAACGGUUGCUGUUGUUGGCGAUUCGGUGUUUGUUCACGGAGGUCUUUUAGCUGAGCACAUAGAGUAUGGACUCGAGAGGAUAAACGAGGAGGUUAGAGGUUGGAUCAGUGGCUUGAGAGGUGGGAGAUAUGCGCCUGGUUAUUGUAGAGGUGGAAACUCUGUAGUCUGGUUGAGAAAAUUCUCGGAUGAGAUGGCUCACAAAUGCGAUUGUUCGGCUCUUGAGCAUGCUCUUUCCACCAUCCCUGGAGUUAAGAGGAUGAUCAUGGGACAUACUAUUCAGGAGGCUGGUAUCAAUGGCGUUUGUGAUAAUAAAGCGAUUAGGAUUGAUGUGGGAAUGUCCAAGGGGUGUGCGGAUGGAAUGCCUGAGGUUUUGGAAAUCCGGAAAGACUCUGGCGUGCGGAUUGUGACGUCGAAUCCGUUGUAUAAGGAGAAUCCGAAUUCUCAUUUAGCUAACGAUGGAAAAAUGGGUCUAGUGUUGUUGGUACCACCAGCUGAGAAUGUUCCUAAGCAAGUAGAAGUCAAAGCUUAA